AUGUCGUAUAACGAUAACAACCACAAUAACUACUACGACCCGAAUCAGCAAGGUGGUGGUGCUCCGCCGCCAAGCGAGGGGGGCUACUAUCAACAACCUUAUGAUGACACUAAUGCCAUGCAUCCGCACCAACAGCAUCAGCAGGACUACUACGACCCCAAUGCGCAGUACAAUCAAGAUCCCAACAUGCAAUAUAACCAAGAUCCAAAUGCACAAUAUCAGCAGCAGCCAUACGACAUGGAUGGCUACCAUGACCAACACCAAUACGGCAACCAGCCCAUGAAUGCGCAAGGCUACAAUGCAGACCCCGAGGCCUUUUCCGAUUUCAGCUACAGCGGGCAAACCCCGGGAACUCCAGGUUACGACCAAUAUGGAACUCAAUACACUCCUUCGCAAAUGAGCUAUGGUGGAGAUCCAAGAUCAUCGGGCGCCUCUACCCCCAUCUAUGGCAGCCAGGGCCAAGGCUAUGACCCUUCGCAGUUCCACAUGUCAUCAAAUUUACCAUAUCCUGCUUGGUCGGCCGAUCCACAAGCACCAAUCAAGAUUGAGCACAUUGAAGAUAUCUUUAUCGAUUUGGCAAACAAGUUUGGUUUUCAAAGAGACUCGAUGAGGAAUAUGUUUGAUUACUUUAUGACGUUGUUGGACUCGAGAUCGUCUCGUAUGUCGCCUGCGCAGGCCUUGUUGAGCUUGCACGCCGACUAUAUUGGUGGUGACAAUGCCAACUAUAGAAAGUGGUUCUUUUCUUCGCAACAAGAUUUGGACGACUCUUUGGGAUUUGCCAAUAUGACCUUGGGUAAAAUCGGUAGAAAGGCAAGAAAGGCUUCCAAAAAAUCGAAAAAGGCUAGACAAGCUGCUGAAGAACAUGGCCAAGAUGUCGAUGCUUUGGCCAACGAGUUGGAAGGUGACUAUUCCUUGGAGGCUGCUGAAAUCAGAUGGAAAGCCAAGAUGAACACAUUAACCCCCGAGGAAAGGGUUCGUGAUGUUGCUCUUUACUUGCUCUUGUGGGGUGAAGCUAAUCAAGUCCGUUUCACACCAGAGUGCUUGUGUUAUAUUUACAAGUCUGCAUUUGAUUAUUUACAAUCACCCUUGUGUCAACAAAGACAAGAACCAGUCCCUGAAGGCGACUACUUGAACAGAGUCAUUACUCCAUUGUACAGGUUCCUUAGAUCGCAAGUUUACGAAGUCUAUGAAGGUAGAUUUGUCAAGCGUGAAAAAGACCACAACAAGGUUAUUGGUUACGAUGACGUGAAUCAAUUGUUUUGGUACCCCGAAGGUAUCUCAAGAAUUAUGUUUGGUGACGGAACGAGGUUGGUGGAUAUUCCUCAAGAGGAACGUUACUUGAGAUUGGGAGAAGUUGAGUGGGGUAACGUAUUUUUCAAGACAUACAAGGAAAUUAGAACUUGGUUGCAUUUCAUUACAAAUUUUAACAGAAUUUGGAUCAUUCAUUUCACAAUUUACUGGAUGUACACUGCGUACAACUCCCCUACAUUAUACACUAAGCAUUAUGUUCAAACUAGAAACAAUCAACCGCUUGCAUCCUCCCGGUGGGCAGCAUGUGCACUUGGUGGUGCAUUGGCCUCGUUUAUUCAGAUUUUGGCUACUCUAUUCGAGUGGAUGUUUGUGCCCAGAGAAUGGGCCGGUGCUCAGCACUUGACGCGUCGUUUGAUGUUUUUGAUUUUGAUCUUUGUCGUCAACUUGGUACCAGUUGUUUACACAUUUAAAGUUGCUGGACUCGAGUUGUACUCCAAGUCGGCUCUCGCUGUUUCCAUUGUUGGCUUUUUCAUUGCCGUUGCCACUUUGGUCUUUUUCGCAAUCAUGCCCUUGGGCGGUUUGUUCACAUCUUAUAUGAACAAGAGAUCAAGAAGGUACAUUUCAUCUCAAACUUUUACGGCAAACUUUAUCAAAUUGAGAGGUUUGGACAUGUGGAUGUCCUACUUGUUGUGGUUUUUGGUCUUUCUCGCCAAGUUGGUUGAAUCCUACUUCUUUUUGACCUUGUCGUUGAGAGAUCCCAUCAGAAACUUGUCCACCAUGGAAAUGAGAUGUAUUGGUGAAGUUUGGUAUGGCUGGCGUGUUUGUAGACAGCAGGCCAGAAUCGUUUUGGGAUUGAUGUACCUUGUCGAUUUGUUGUUGUUCUUUUUGGAUACCUACAUGUGGUACAUUAUCUGCAACUGUAUCUUUUCCAUUGGACGUUCAUUUUACUUGGGUAUUUCCAUCUUGACGCCAUGGAGAAAUAUCUUUACCAGACUUCCAAAGAGAAUUUACUCAAAGAUUUUGGCCACCACCGAGAUGGAAAUCAAGUACAAACCCAAGGUUUUGAUUUCCCAGAUUUGGAAUGCCAUUGUUAUUUCCAUGUACAGAGAACACUUGUUGGCCAUUGAUCACGUUCAAAAAUUGUUGUACCACCAAGUGCCAUCUGAGAUUGAAGGCAAGAGAACUUUAAGAGCACCAACUUUUUUUGUUUCACAAGAUGACAAUAACUUUGAAACUGAGUUUUUCCCAAGAGACUCUGAAGCUGAAAGAAGAAUUUCAUUUUUUGCCCAAUCUUUGGCCACUCCUAUCCCCGAGCCAUUGCCAGUUGACAAUAUGCCCACGUUUACCGUUUUCACUCCUCACUAUUCCGAAAAGAUUUUAUUGUCGUUGAGGGAAAUUAUCAGAGAAGACGACCAGUUCUCAAGAGUGACAUUGUUGGAGUAUUUGAAACAGUUGCACCCUGUUGAAUGGGAGUGUUUUGUUAAGGACACCAAGAUUUUGGCCGAAGAAACUGCCGCUUAUGAAAAUGGCGAUGAUUCUGAAAAAUUGUCUGAAGAUGGAUUGAAAUCGAAGAUUGACGACUUGCCAUUUUACUGUAUUGGUUUCAAAUCUGCCGCUCCUGAAUAUACCUUGAGAACCAGAAUCUGGGCAUCGUUGAGAUCUCAAACUUUGUACAGAACUGUUUCCGGUUUCAUGAAUUACGCUAGAGCAAUCAAAUUGCUUUACAGAGUGGAAAAUCCUGAAUUGGUUCAAUACUUUGGUGGUGACCCCGAAGGUUUGGAAUUGGCUCUUGAGAAAAUGGCUAGAAGAAAGUUUAGAUUUUUGGUUUCCAUGCAAAGAUUGUCCAAGUUUAAAGAUGACGAAAUGGAAAAUGCCGAGUUUUUGUUGCGUGCUUACCCAGACUUGCAAAUUGCAUUCUUGGAUGAAGAACCUGCUUUGAAUGAAGAUGAGGAACCAAGAGUUUACUCUGCAUUGAUUGACGGACACUGUGAAAUGUUGGAAAAUGGAAGACGUCGUCCCAAAUUUAGAGUCCAGUUGUCUGGUAACCCAAUCCUUGGUGACGGUAAAUCUGAUAACCAAAAUCAUGCCAUCAUUUUCCACAGAGGUGAAUAUAUCCAAUUGGUUGAUGCCAAUCAGGACAAUUAUUUGGAAGAAUGUUUAAAGAUUAGAUCGGUAUUGGCUGAGUUUGAAGAAUUGAAUGUCGAACACGUUAACCCAUAUGCUCCAAACUUGAAAACUGCUGAUGUUUCCGAGAAGAAGGACCCAGUUGCUAUCCUUGGUGCCAGAGAAUAUAUCUUUUCCGAAAACUCUGGUGUCCUUGGUGAUGUUGCUGCUGGUAAGGAACAAACUUUUGGUACCUUGUUUGCUAGAACUUUGGCUCAAAUUGGUGGUAAAUUGCAUUAUGGUCACCCGGAUUUCCUCAAUGCUACAUUUAUGUUGACCAGAGGAGGUGUCUCUAAAGCGCAAAAGGGAUUGCAUUUGAAUGAGGAUAUUUACGCUGGUAUGACGGCAAUGAUGAGAGGUGGUAAGAUUAAGCAUUGUGAAUACUACCAAUGUGGUAAAGGUAGAGAUAUGGGUUUUGGUUCUAUUUUGAAUUUCACCACCAAGAUUGGUGCUGGUAUGGGUGAGCAAAUGUUGUCGAGAGAAUACUACUACUUGUCGACUCAAUUGCCAUUGGAUCGCUUCUUGUCGUUUUACUAUGGUCACCCAGGUUUCCACAUCAAUAACUUGUUUAUUCAAUUGUCUUUGCAAGUGUUUAUUUUGGUGUUGGCUAACUUGAACUCGUUGGCCCAUGAGUCGAUUAUCUGUUCGUACGACAAGGAUGUUCCAGUGACUGAUGUCUUGUACCCAUAUGGUUGUUACAAUCUUUCGCCAGCUGUUGACUGGAUCAGACGUUACACCUUAUCGAUUUUCAUUGUCUUCUUCAUUUCGUUUAUUCCAUUGGUUGUUCAAGAAUUGAUUGAAAGAGGUGUAUGGAAGGCGUUCCAAAGAUUUGCUAGACACUUUAUCUCAUUGUCGCCAAUGUUUGAAGUGUUUGUUGCUCAAAUCUACUCGUCAUCCGUGUUUACCGAUAUGACUGUUGGUGGUGCCAGAUAUAUCUCCACCGGUAGAGGCUUUGCAACUUCGAGAAUUCCAUUUUCAAUCUUGUACUCCCGUUUUGCCGACUCGUCGAUUUACAUGGGUGCAAGAUUGAUGUUGAUUUUGUUGUUUGGUACUGUGGCCCAUUGGCAAGCACCAUUGUUGUGGUUCUGGGCCUCAUUGUCGUCAUUGAUGUUUUCACCAUUUGUUUUCAACCCACAUCAAUUUGCUUGGGAAGACUUUUUCAUUGACUACAGAGACUUUAUCAGAUGGCUUUCUAGAGGUAACACCAAAUGGCACAGAAACUCAUGGAUUGGUUACGUUAGACUUUCUAGAUCACGUAUCACUGGUUUCAAGCGUAAGUUGACUGGAGACGUGUCUGAAAAGUCUGCCGGCGAUGCUUCAAGAGCCCAUAGAUCCAACAUUUUGUUUGCUGAUUUCCUUCCAACAUUGAUUUACACAGCUGGUCUUUUCGUUGCGUACACAUUCAUCAAUGCGCAAACUGGUGUCACUAGUUAUCCAUAUCCAAUUUUGGGUUCAGAGGAGCCUCAACCAGUCAACUCUGUCUUGAGAUUGGUUAUUUGUGCUUUGGCCCCAGUAGUCAUUGACUGUGGAGUCUUGUUUGGAUGUGUUGGUAUGGCAUGUUGUGCUGGUCCCUUGUUGGGAUUGUGCUGCAAAAAGACUGGUGCUGUCAUUGCUGGCAUUGCCCAUGGUAUUGCCGUUAUUGUCCACAUUGUAUUUUUCAUUGUCAUGUGGGUCACUGAAGGUUUCAGUUUUGCCAGAAUGUUGUUGGGUUUGGCCACUAUGAUUUACAUCCAAAGAUUGUUGUUUAAAUUCUUGACCUUGGCAUUCUUGACCAGAGAAUUCAAGAAUGACAAGGCCAACACCGCCUUUUGGACAGGUAAAUGGUACAACACCGGUAUGGGUUGGAUGGCAUUCACCCAACCAUCGCGUGAAUUUGUGGCCAAGAUUAUUGAAAUGUCCGAGUUUGCCGGUGACUUUGUUUUGGCCCACGUUAUCUUGUUCUGUCAGUUACCAAUCUUGUUCAUUCCUUUAGUUGACAGAUGGCACUCGAUGAUGUUGUUUUGGUUGAAACCAUCAAGAUUGAUCAGACCACCAAUCUACUCGUUGAAGCAAGCUAGAUUGAGAAAGAGAAUGGUUAGGAAGUACUGUGUCUUGUACUUUGCCGUGUUGAUUUUGAUUGUUGUCAUUAUUGUUGCGCCUGCCGUUGCAUCUGGACAAAUUAAGGUUGAUGUCUUUGCCAACAUUGGUGGUCCAGGAUCAAUUGCCAAUGGUUUGUUCCAACCAAGAAACGUAUCCAAUAACGAUACUGGGCCAAACAGACCACGUACAUACACAUGGUCAUACUUGAGUACCAGAAUGACUGGAAGAACUACUGCAUAUUCGACGAACCCAUUCAAAUAA